AUCAAACGUCCGAUGAACGCUUUCAUGGUGUGGUCGCAGUUAGAACGACGUAAAAUCUGCGAACAUCAACCAGAUAUGCAUAAUGCUGAAAUCAGCAAGCAGCUUGGAUCCCGAUGGAGACAACUAACUGAAGAGGAGAAAUCACCUUUUGUAGCCGAAGCAGAACGUCUCCGUCUUAUGCAUAUGCAAGAGUAUCCCGACUAUAAAUACAAGCCACGCAAGAAGCCGAAGAAGAACCCCGACGGCACGCUGCAAAAUCCAAACGCCAGCAACGGGCCGGCUUCUCCAAGAAGCAAACCUUUGAAAAGGUGUGACGGGCUUGCAAUACAACUUCUCUAG